UCCGAUCUUCUUUCUGUCGGCUCACAGUCGAAACGACGAAACCCUAAUCUCUCUCUCCUUCCGCCGCCCUUCUUUCUCCUUCCAAGGCCAAGACGAGAUCGACCUUCUGUACGAUCGUGUUUCAGUCUCAAGAUCCGAACUUUGAUUCUGUGAUAUUGAUUCAUGCCGUUUUCUCACUUCUCAGGUCUCUGAACGAGUUCUAUCUACUCUCUCGCUUGUUUGUAAUGUCGAGUAAUGAGAUUGUUGAUGUGGGCAAUGGUAAUAUCAAAAGACCGAAGCAGCCUCCUAAACGUUUCGUGAAGAACCAAAUCCCUGACUCGAUCCUCAACGAUGCAUCCCUUAACGCUGCGAUUUCUCUCCUUCCCUCCAACUACAAUUUCGAGGUCCAUAAGUGCGUGUGGCGGAUAAAAUCGACAAAUGCCAAGCGCAUUGCCUUGCAGCUUCCUGAGGGUCUCCUCAUGUACGCUCUCACGCUCUCCGAUAUCUUCACAUCCCUCGCUGGAGCCUCCCAUUGCUUUGUUCUCGGUGAUGUAACCUAUGGUGCUUGCUGUGUAGAUGACUUCUCGGCCUCGGCCCUUGGUGCCGAUUUGCUCAUCCACUAUGGUCACAGUUGCCUUGUGCCCGUUGACUCCACUAAGAUCCCUUGUCUCUAUGUCUUUGUCGAGAUCCAGAUCGAUGUCAAAUGCCUGAUGAACACUAUCCAUCUCAAUCUUGCCAAUGAUGCUAAGAACAUAAUUCUCGCGGGUACUAUUCAGUUUGCAUCUGCAAUCAGAGCGGUGAAACCCGAGCUGGAGAAGCAGGGAUUCAGUGUUUUGAUCCCGCAGUCGAAGCCUUUAUCAGCAGGCGAAGUCCUGGGUUGUACAGCACCCAAGGUUUCGAUGGUCGACAACAAUUUUGAGGAGACAGUUCUAGUGUUUGUGGCCGACGGAAGAUUCCAUCUAGAAGCAUUCAUGAUAGCCAAUCCAAGAAUAAAGGCCUUUAGGUAUGACCCUUAUCUUGGCAAGCUGUUCUUGGAGGAGUAUGAUCACAAGGGAAUGAGGGAGACAAGAAAGAGGGCAAUCUCUCGGGCCAAGGAUGCAAAAACGUGGGGGAUCGUGUUGGGGACAUUGGGCAGGCAGGGGAAUCCAAAGAUUCUGGAGAGGUUGGAGAAGAAAAUGAUGGAAAAGGGCUUAGAUUGCACUGUUAUUCUGAUGUCUGAACUUAGCCCCACCCGAGUAGCGUUGUUUGAAGACUCGGUAGAUGCUUGGGUCCAAAUAGCAUGUCCUCGUCUCUCAAUUGACUGGGGCGAAGCCUUUAGGAAGCCAUUGCUGACAACUUUUGAGGCUGAAAUCGCUCUCGGGUUUAUACCCGGUUGGUGGGAGAGAAGUCCCUCUUCUGGGUGUUGCCAAGGCGGUUCAAGCUGCAGAACAAAGCAAGAAACUAGCUGUGCCUGCAGAACUGAAGAGGUGAAAGAGGUUGGUAUCGAUGGAGACUAUCCGAUGGAUUAUUACGCACAAGAAGGCGGAGAAUGGAAUUCCUCCUACGUCAAGAAGCGAUUUCGUCCUCUUCGCAGAAACCCGUUAUCUUCCUCCGUCUCUAACGCCUCUUCGUAACGUCGUUAAGACGGUCCAAAUUUUGUCAUCUCUGGCUAGCUAUAAAAGUGAAAGCUAUGUUUCUUAAUGUUGCAUAUCUUUUUAGGUCACUGAAUUGUACCUCUUUUUGCAGUCGUAUUCACAGAUUGAGAUAGAAGUUGUAACUAUGAAACAUUGCUAUUGAAUGUCAUGUUGUGUUUCUCAGUUU